CAGUAUCCAAUAAUCAUGGAUCACAAUCUCCCCUACACAUUCCAAGAAGACGCCUACUAUACCGCCGAACCAGAAGAAAUCGACCUCUUCGCAAACCUUGUACUCGCAUGCGCGAAAAACAACCUCAGCCCUCUCGCUGCAGCCCAGAAAAUCACAGAUGAACUAGCAAACCUAUCCUGGAGAAACAAAAGAACCAUCGAUGCGAAUGACGAAGACCGACCCUACACCACAAAUACAACAUUGAUAGCCAUAUUGCUAGCGAGUUGUGCGUCUUCAUUUCCACCAUGCAGUGUAGUGCACGAGAAAAUAUUCGCUUUGAUUGAAAGUUUUGCGAAAGUGGAAACAAGGGGGGAUAUCAUCAUCCCGAAUCACUCGCUCGAUAAAAAUGGUGGAUUGAGAAAUGCAGAGGUAAAUGGUGGAGAUUUGAGAGAUUCUAUUCCUCUUUGGGGAAGUCGCAGCUCACUGUCGUUUUCAAUCGGAUGUGAGCGAUUGGCAGAUGUGGGGGUUCCAUGGACGGGGGUGGAGAAAUGUGGGAGUAAGGAGCAGCAGAGGUGGAGGAAUCUUUCAUUCUUUAUGGCGAGGUUGACGGUCAUGGGAGUGGAGGAUCUGGGGUGGAAAAGUGCGUUGCAGAGGUUGUUGCCGCGGUAUGGGAUGCCGGUCAAGGGGACGCUGGCGUGGUCUGGGGUUUUGGCUGGGCAGGUGCUUGCGGCGGCUCAAUGGUUUGUUCAUGAGGGUCAUGGGGAGUGGGUGUGGCGAGCCUGUUGUCGUGGUGAAAGACUGGAGGAAAGUGUGGAAGUCGAACGAGAUGAACGCGAUGAAGGAGCGGAACCAAAAAAUGGACAUGUGACUGGAAAAGGCAGAGGAGAAUCGGAACAAAGCCAGGUCUCAAAGUGGUUGUUCAAUCUGGAAAACUGGAGGAAUUGGAAAGCGUCCUUCAAGGAGAUCACAGAGAGAAUCCAUGAUCCAAGAGUUCAUGAGCUGGCUCGCAGCGAGGCCUCGAAGGCACUGGAGAUCAUGGAGGACCUAGAAAGACAUUGA